AACAUGCUAUAAAGGGAACACUUAAUGUUCUCAAAUCAUGCACAAAGGUACCAUCAGUUAAAUGAGUGGUUAUAACGUCUUCUAUGGCUUCCUUAAUGAAUAACGGGAGACCUCUAACUCCUGAUGUUGUAAUUGAUGAAACCUGGUUUUCGAAUCCAGCAUUCUGUGAGGAAACAAAGCAAUGGUACCCUCUUUCGAAAACCUUGGCAGAGGAAGCUGCGUGGAAUUUUGCAGAUGAAAAUGGCAUUGACUUGACAAUUUUGCAUCCUGGAUUUGUUAUUGGUCCUCUGUUGCAGCCAACUCUCAAUUUAACUUCUGAGGAUAUUUUGAACUUCAUUAAAGAAGGGAGAGAAAUUUUUCCUAAUGGAAUCUACAGAUAUGUUGAUGUUAGAGAUGUUGCUCAAGCACAUAUUCUAGCAUUUGAGAAUCCUUCAGCUAGUGGCAGAUACUGUCUAGUUAGAAUAGUGACAUUCUUCUGAAGCUCUAAAGAUUUUAAAUCGGCUUUUCCCUUCCCUCAACCUCCCUGCAAA